GUGGGUGGCGCCGCUCAGAACUAGGCACGUACGAUCGUGUGCAGUUUGAGUGCAACAAAGUACUGACUGAAGCUUGGCAGCUAGCGUGAAGGAAAAACCGAUCUUUCACAGAUUGUUUAUCGUUUGUUCAAUUUUUAAUCGCUUUGUGUGAUUUCUACGCUUUCGGUGACAUUCUGGGAGUUUAUUACGAAUUGGGAGCAAACCCAGUCUCGCCAACUGUCGGUAGUGGACGCCUUGUGGAGGAGUAAGGUGCUUCUUAUAUUGAAAGGCAGACGCAGCGUUGGUGAGCUGGCGUAGGAAAGGGAGAAACCAGGGCGACGCAGCGACUCGGCCGGUCUGUUGGAGCCGGGAGGACCACGGCACAACCGCCGCCAGCGCAACGGGGAGUCGGGGCCCGAGAGGGAGGCUGCCAGGCCCUCGGCUUAAUGCACCCUGCCUGCCUCUCCUCAGCCGCAGUCCGAGAUGGGGGAGACCAAAAUUAUCUACCACCUCGACGACCAGGAGACGCCAUAUCUGGUGAAACUGUCGGUGCCGGCGGACAAAGUCACUCUGGCAGACUUCAAAAAUGUCCUGAAGAAGCCAAAUUACAAGUUCUACUUCAAGUCUAUGGACGAUGACUUCGGGGUGGUAAAAGAGGAAAUAUCCGAUGACAACGCUAAGCUGCCCUGUUUUAAUGGACGUGUGGUGUCAUGGUUGGUCUCUGGAGAUGGAGCUGACACAACAUCAGUAGCGGACAGUUUAGAGCCAACACCGCCCUUGGAGAGGACUGGGGGCAUUGGAGACUCAAGACCACCUUCUUAUCACGGGAAAGCAGCGAGUGGUCGGGACAGUUUGGACAAUGACACAGAGACUGGCUCCGUGGUGUCGCAGAGGAGAGAGAGGGAGAGGCCUCGACGGAAGCAUUCAAACGAGCACGCAGCAGGAGGAAGGCAGAACGGCUUCUCCUCGCGAGCAAUGGGACGAGGCAUUGCCGAAUACGACAGCUGCUCGUCCUUCAUGAGCAGUGAGCUGGAGUCCACGUCCUGCUUUGAUUCAGAGGAUGACGACGCAACCAGCAGAUUCAGCAGCUCCACUGAACAGAGCUCCUCUCGUCUAAUGAGAAGACACCGUCGCCGCAGGAGGAAACCUAAAGCCUCCAACAUGGACAGGUCUUCAUCGUUCAGCAGCAUUACAGACUCCACCAUGUCUCUGAACAUCAUCACUGUCACUCUCAACAUGGAAAAGUACAACUUCCUGGGCAUCAGCAUCGUGGGUCAGAGCAAUGAGAGAGGAGAUGGAGGAAUUUACAUUGGCUCCAUCAUGAAGGGAGGGGCCGUGGCUGCAGAUGGACGCAUCGAGCCUGGAGACAUGCUGCUGCAGGUGAAUGACAUCAACUUUGAGAAUAUGAGCAAUGAUGAUGCAGUCAGAGUUCUGAGGGACAUUGUGCACAAACCAGGCCCCAUUACUCUCACGGUGGCUAAAUGUUGGGAUCCUAAUCCUCGGAGCUGCUUUGCUCUACCAAGAAGCGAGCCAAUCCGACCUAUUGACCCAGCUGCAUGGGUGUCCCACACGGCAGCCAUGACUGGGGUUUAUCCUGCGUAUGGUAUGAGCCCCUCCAUGAGCACUGUCACUUCAACCAGCUCCUCCAUCAGCAGCUCCAUCCCAGAAACUGAACGGUUCGAUGACUUCCAGCUGUCCAUUCACAGUGACAUGGCAACAGUGGCCAAAGCCAUGGCCUGUCCAGAGUCAGGUCUGGAGGUGCGGGACAGGAUGUGGCUUAAGAUCACUAUCGCAAACGCCUUCAUUGGCUCUGAUGUGGUGGACUGGCUCUUCCACCACGUGGAGGGCUUCUCAGAUCGCCGUGAAGCUCGUAAAUAUGCCAGCAACCUGCUGAAGGCCGGCUACAUCAGACACACUGUGAACAAGAUCACCUUCUCCGAACAAUGCUACUACGUCUUUGGAGAUCUCUGUGGCAACAUGACCCACCUGUCUCUCCACGAUCACGACGGUUCCAGCGGAGCCUCCGAUCAGGACACCUUGCCUCCUCUGCCUCACCCAGGGGCAGCCCCCUGGCCCAUGCCCCUGCCCUAUCAGUUCCCCAUCCCUCACCCUUACGACCUGCCACAGCCCUUCCCUGGUGGACCAUGCGCUGGCAGUGCUGGCAGCCAGCACAGUGGAAGCAGUGGUUCAAACUGCAGCAAAAAUGAGGGCCGGAAGUCUGGGGGCUCCGGAAGCGAAACUGAGGUCAGGAGCCACCGAGCUCCGAGCGAGCGCUCUGUGGCUCCCCCUAGCGAGCGCAGCAUCCGUAGCUCAGUCAGUCACCGCAGUGCCAACUCUCACUCGAUAGCCUUUGGCCCAGGCCUUGUUUACGGGCCCCCUGGCCUGCCCCCGCAGCCCUCACAUUUAUCUACAGCAGCACCAGGUGCCCCACAGGGCAGAGAGCUUGCCACUGUGCCUCCUGAGCUCACAGCGUCACGCCAAUCUCUGCGCAUGGCAGUGGGCAACAGUGGAGAGUUCUUUGUUGAUGUCAUGUGAUGCAAGUUUUAGGCAGAUUAAAGUAGCAUUUUUGGCUGACUCGUGUCAUUUUAUAAAAGCAAAAAAAAAAAAAAAGGACAGCAUGAGAGAAAAAGAAGGAGGGAAGAUUGCUAGAGCCGCUACCCCAAAGGUUUUUAUUCCACUUACCACAUGGAAACCAGUUCUGCUGCGUAUGCUAAGAAAACAAUUCUUAGUUCUAUUGCUUUUUUUCCUUGCAGUAGGGCCCGUACUUUCUUCAGUGAAGAAGCCCUAUAACUCACUCACUCACUCACGGUGGAACCAAAAUGACUUUCUUAUUUUACACUUCUUAGUGUGGAAGAGUUUGUGCAAGUGGGGAAAAAAAGCAACAGAGCGGUAUUGAGAGAAAUGUGACGAGGGAAUUAGUGGAAAUGCAGAGGAGGGCAGAUGACUCAGCAGUUUCUACAUGGAUGUUUUUCAUUUGUUGUUCUCUUCACUCUUCCCUCCCCUCUGCCUUCCUUAUCUCACAUUCUCUGUGCUCCUCCCCACCUCGUCCACGUCAAAACCAAGACAAAGAAAGAAGCAUCUUCCCUCCUUCCCUUCUCUUAAUUUCUACAUGCAGACCUCUGUCAGGAAAAUAUCAAAAAUAUAUAUACUAAAAAAAGCUCAAAUGAACACUAACGGUUGACUUUAAUUGUUCUUUUUAAAUGUUUGCUUGACUUGAGAGGGGGGGUGGGAGAAAUGUAUGUAGUGCAAGAGAAUGGCAGUCCCUUCUACCGUAAGAAUGCAUUUCUUUUAUAUAUAUAUAUAUACAUACAUACAUAUGUGUGUGUGUGUGUGUGUGUGUAGCUGGUCACAAAUAGUUUCAUUUUCUAAUGCUUAACAUGAGCAUCCAGCUUCGAGAGUCAUUUUUACACUACACAGCUGCAUUUUCAUCUGUUACCAGAGCAUUUUUCAGACUCUGUCUUGUGAUAAUGUUUAAUGGAAAAAAUCUUACCAUGUCUUUCACACUACUCUUUUAUUAAAAAAAAUGUCUUUUUAUUUAUAAAUAUAGUUUUAUGACUUAAA